AUGCAAGCAAAGUUGAUACUUGAUGUAGAGCUUAUUGAAUUAGGAAUUAGUGCGGUGCCAAGUGAAUUAAUACCUAAAGGAUUGUGGAUUGUUUAUGAAGGGAAUUCUAGCGAUUCUGCAAGCAACGAAGCAUGUAAAAUUAGCCAAGCAAGAAAUAUGGGUUUGCUGCCAAAUUUACGAGAUCAGGUGGUGCUAUUGUUGGUUUUAUGGGAAGAUGAAAAUGAUAAAAAUAUUAUGAUUAAUGUAGAGAAAUUAAAGAAUGAAUUACAAAAUGAAGGGAUUGUGUCUUGUUGGGUUAAAAUUUGUGAUGACAAGUAUGAAGAAUAA